ACCCAGAAUCAGAGAAGACAAAAAUGCCCAACAAGACAUUUAGCUAGCUAUAUGAAUAGCAAAACCGCAGAGCCUUAAACUGCUCAACUAUUUAGCAUUUUCUUAAUUCUAUGGAAACGUAUUUUGAGAGCGGAAUUGUUACGGAAAUCAAAAUGCCUUGUCAAAAUCAGCAGCUGAACAACAAUGACAGACAAGAACACGCGGCAAUGAGCAGCACCAAGCAGGUUCGGUUUGCUAGCUGCGGAAACAGCGUUCUGACAGAGUCGAAUAGAGAUGCAGAAGUCGCCGAAACUUGUGAAAAUGUAUUCAACAGUGAAUUACAGAGGCAGAUCGGAUCGCAAUUAAAACUGCUUCCUUUGAAUGACCAAAUACGAGAAUUACAGACUAUCAUUAGAGACAAGUCUACUAGCAGGGGAGAUUUUGUAUUUUGUGCUGAUAGAUUGAUCAGACUAGUGGUUGAAGAGGGACUCAAUCAGCUGCCAUACAGCGAGUGUACAGUGACCACUCCUACAGGGCAUAAAUAUGAUGGUGUCAAGUUUGAAAAAGGCAACUGCGGUGUCAGCAUUAUGAGAAGUGGCGAGGCCAUGGAGCAGGGCCUCAGAGACUGCUGCCGGUCCAUCCGUAUCGGUAAGAUCCUAAUCCAGAGUGACGAGGACACCCAGAAGGCCAAAGUCUACUAUGCAAAGUUCCCCCCAGACAUCAGCAGGAGGAAAGUCCUCCUCAUGUACCCCAUUCUCAGUACAGGUAACACAGUGAUUGAGGCUGUGAGAGUUCUGACUGAACAUGGUCUUCAGCCCAAACAUAUUAUCCUCCUGAGUCUCUUCUCCACCCCUCACGGUGCCAAAUCCAUCAUUCAAGAGUUCCCAGAAAUCACCAUAUUGACCACCGAGGUGCACCCUGUGGCUCCCACACACUUUGGCCAGAGGUACUUUGGGACAGACUAGUUAGCCCUCCAGGGCCAUUCAAUGGGGCACCAUACUAUGAGAACCAACCAUUGAAUGGUCCCUCUGUCAGUUUGUCCACUUAUUUCAAAAGGAGUUGUUACCCUGCUGAAGAUUCUUGCUUUGCUGUGUACGCCGCCUUAACGUGUGCUCCUCAGUCUGACAAAAACAAUGCAAAGAUUUUCCUGGAAACAAAAAAAGCACAUUCCAUGUAGGUAUUUUAGGAACUAGUCUAGCGAGCUUGUACUGCUGCCGUUUUAGUUAUUCAGUAAUGGUAGUUCAUUCUAGGUUGUUUUUCCUCAUUAGAAAGUCUAAAUAAUUAAAAUAUAUUUUUUCAAUAUAUUUUAUUCAAAGUAUGUGAGCGGAGUUGAGCAGUCGGAAAUCCUGCUCGUCGCUCAUGCAGCGGUGCUCCAUGUCCUUUCCAACCACUGUGCUAAAGACCUCUCUGCACUCACCGGAAAAAAAAAAAGCAGCUCCAGUUUGGCCAGUUUGUGGCUUCACGCUCAUGUGAUGAUGCCUGGAGAGCAGGCCAGCAGCAGAGAAUAUCUUCUCUGCACUUGCAGAGCCACUGGGGAUGCUAAACACCCUUUUGCCCACUCUUGCCAGGCUGGGUAGUGAUGCAGAGUUGUAUAUAUGUUUUUCUAUUGGUAGGUCUAAAGGUUUUUUGGCAAAGUAACCCAAUCAAAACAGAAAGCUCCUUGAAUGUUGGAAUAUGCUAGGCUUAUUGGGCCAAAAUCAAUUAUGGCCUAGUGUGUGCGUGCGUGCGUGUAUAGAGAUAGAUGUAUGUCUACAGAACAAAAAUUAACUAAACUUUUAAGCAAUCUUAUUGUUAGUUUAUAAAUACUUUGCUACAAUGACACACUUAAUUCCUUUCUUUUAGCAUGUGCACUUAAUAAGUACACCAUCAUGCUUUCAGGAUACGUUUUCAGAUUCCACAAUGAUUCUUUAGUUGUGGACACUACAUCACCGCACUCCCUCUCUUGGUCAUCAUCUUAAGUCACCUUGAUUUUGCACCUGUGUGUUUUAUCAGUUUCUUUAUGAAAAUAUUUAGUCAGCAAUAGCAGCACACAAGUAGACUACAAAUGCAUGCUACGCCAGCCAUGUCCUUGAAGUGAGCGCUUACGUGAGCGAAAUUGGAGCGGGCGAGAAGGCUGACGCUCCAGUCAAAAGGGCACGCUCCGCUCACAUACUCUGAUUCUAUUGUCUUGUCUUUAAAAAUAGUUUUUAGUGUUAUUAUUAUUGCCACAAACAGUUUUAAUGUAUCAUAACACUGAAAAGAAACAAACCAAUCAAGAGAAACUCUGACCAGAUCUGAAGGGCAAUUUGGACAUUUCAGAGUGGAAAAGGCGAGAAAAAGAAGCUCAGAAAUACAUUGCCCUUAUGACAUCUAUGUGUAGUCAAGGAAUCGUCAAUCCUCCAUCGUUAACACAAUGGAAAGGUCAAAUGCUUUAUUAUCUAAAUGUUGAAAGUGCGUGGGCGACAGAGAAACAAAAUGGUGCAGUUUGAGGCCGUGAUGUGGGCGAUGGGGGCGAUGGGGGUGUGAUGUCGUUGAGGUUUCUGUGUGUCUAUGCUGUUUGUAUGUUUUGUAUUAUUGAAGAAAAAAAAUAAAGAAUACACAGAAAAGCCAUA